AUGGCUCGUGGACAGCAAAAGAUUCAGGCACAGCAAAAAGCGGCCCAGAAGAAGUCAAAGAUGGCCAAGAAGGGCGGCGACCACGCAAAGAACAUCCAAAAGGCCUUCAACGUCAUGUGCGAGGCGUGCAAGUCCCAAAUGGUGAACGCGAAAACAUACAAGCAACAUUGGGAGGCGAAACACAGCAAGCUCCCGCUUCCCGCGGAGAUCAAGGACAUCUGA